UUAUCCUGACAUUAGUUUGACAUCAGAAAUAAUAGGCAGCCAAAAUUCCAAGUCAUCCUGUCCUUCUAAAAUAUCCCACAAAUUACUGUAUUCUGCAGCCAAGAACUAACACCGUUCAGAUUCUUGCAAGAAAUGCCCCUUCCCCAUUGCGAAGAAUGGCAGGCCUGUUAUAGGCCUGAUUUAAGUCAUUCCUGUUUGAGGAUGCUUAAAAUGACGCACAUCCCCAUUGACCACAACUGAGUGAUCAUGGAGGGUGGCGAAGGUAUGGUGGCCGUGGUCCGCGGGCUCCGCGACUCGGGGCUGGCCGUCACGCUGCUGGAUGGAAGCAGGCAGUAUACCCUGAUGCCUAACGCUGCGAAGCCUCCGUCCCCUCCAAAUGUGCGAAUUGCGCACACAUGCGCGCGCGCACAGACUCAGGUGAUGGCGAGGAGUGACUCUGCUGCGCAGGCCACGGACGGAAGAUACGCUAGCAUGUAUAAGAUGGCCCACUGCAGAGUGACUCCAACCUCUCCACCGGUGCAGCUUACGGAGUUCCCACCGCAAAGAGCUGAACUCUGUCCAGGACAUGGCAACUUCGAAGUGGGUGGAUGUGGUAGCGGCGAGAACUACACGCCCUGCAGGUCGAAUGGAUCCUUCCGCGGUGGGAUGUCGUGGCCUGACAGAGGUUCAGUAUGCUCCCCUCGUCCGUCCCGAGAGCCCGACGCCUUCGCCAACUCUCUCCGGAAAUACCCGAACGUGUCCAUGGAGCGGUCCACGGAGAUGGUGGAGAGGCUGAUCACUUAUACUCAGGCUAAGAAUGUCUCCAAAAGCUACCAAGCUCGUUACGGAUCCCCUUCUCGACACGGCACCGAAUCUAACACCUCCAACCAGAUUUCUCCCGACCGGAGUACAUCCAGGAACACUGUUCCAAGAACUGGCAGCUACAGGAACACUUACGAGCCUGAAGUGAACUGCAGACCGAAGCCAAGGCUGGAAGAAUCGCCUACCAGAGAUGUAAGAGCUGAUUGUGACUGUGCCGAGUAUAGGAGGCAAGUGAUGAGGGCUGACAGCAAGUAUCUGAAGGAAGUAGCGAGGAAAGUUAAGGAUAACUUAAGGAUGUCUUCUUAUCCUUAUAGCCAGCCGGUCGUCAGCCCCGUGAUAAGAGAGAGGUGCGAGCAAAAUUAUAAUUUCUCCCAAACACCGUCGCUUUUGACUGCUACCAAUUCUGUGAACAUGGAAGUUCAAGCGGCCGCUGAAAUGGUUUCCAAAGAAGUGGCAACAGUGCCAAGGACUGACCCAGUGAAAAGAACUGUAGCUGUUCCCCUAUCACCGGCCUCAUCCAGCGACGACACGAAGCCCGAAGCACUGCCUCUGGUAACCAAUAACUUCACCGUCCAACUGUGUGGAGAUAUUCGCAUGCAGUCAAGACCAGGCACCCAGCAACUAGACCAAGACCGCUCAGAACUUGCUUUGAGGAAUAUCAAAUCUGUGCAGACGUCGUUUAGUUCAGCCGACUUGGUACCCACAGCAAAAUGUUGUAACUGUAAUAGAAGAAUCAAAUCGCAAGAAGAUUUACGAAUACAAGACAGGGAUAUACAACUACAUAAUGAAGUGUUAGACUGGUUGAAAGAAACUGAUAAUGGUGAAACUACAACUAAAUGGGGCGAGAAAAUGCAAAGGUUGGCUCAUAAACUUGCUAGGCCAGGAGGUGAAGAGAAAAUUAGACAGAAAAUUCGUAAGUAUCUUAGAAGAGUACCCAGCCAGUUCUCUGAAUGCGAUGAAGAAAGACGGGAAUUUAGAGAACAAUUACCUGAUAGCAUAAUCAAGAAACUAAAGAAGAUGUAUCUAAAACCAGAGAGACGAAGAAGAACCUAUCCGUCUCCUGUAAGAAUACUCCGAAUUGAAAUCCCAAAAGGCUAUUGUAACAUGGAAGAUAGUUUUAGAGGUGUAAUCAAGAAUUGGUUGAAAGAUAUACCAAUUAAGAAAAGGGAUUUUCUUGGUAGAACUAUAAAGAAGGAAGAUGUAAUGGAUUCCGUGGUACAUCAACUAGAACCAUACAUUCUUAACAGACAAAAUUUUGAUAAAGAUUAUAAAUGCACACUUAAAACAACUAUCGUGGAUAUUCUGAAUGAAAUACCAAUAGAAAUUGGUGACUAUGAUAAAGAAACGCACUUUAAUCGACUAGCUUUGGCUUUGUUAAAUGAUAUCAUACAAAUGAAUUGUUUUGAGUAUUCCACAGGGACGUCAUGUGAGCCCCAUAAGAAUCGUCAUUGUAUAAAAGAAUUGAAAGACUUUGUUACUAAUGAAAUGGCUAACAUAUUGGGUAAACUUCAUUUGAGUGCCAGCACUAAAAGGUUGGAAUUGUUAGAAGAAGAAUUGCAUGAUGCUCUAGUAGAAGUUAUGAAGGAAAGGGAUUAUAAUUUUAAUAAUGGUGUUGUGAAAGAUAGUAUUUAUACAAUAUUACAUAAGCUAGGUGGUCUCUCUGAUUAUCAAGCCAAUUAUUUCACUGAUAUUAUUUUGAAGCAUUUUAGAGAAACUUUCGGUGAAAAGCUUCAUAGAAAUGAAAAUUUAGAGAACGUUGGAGUUAGCAGCUCUGUAAAUGAAGUUUCACACAGGGAUACCUAUUCAGUUUUUCAUAAUAUUGGUCAAAUUAAAUCUGAAAUUUCAAAUAUCAAAUCUACCGCUAGUAAUGUAAAAGAACUAACAAUUAAUGGCGAAAUAAAAUCUAACGUAGUAUUUUACAAACGUCGACUAAUAGAACAAAUUGAAGACUGGUUAAAUGAACUGCAUAUAAAAAUACCUUCUGAGAAUAAUAAGGUUAAAGCAGUGAAAGAGCUAGCAGAAGAUAUCACAGACAGAUUCAAGUAUUUAGAAUUAAACCCAACGAGCAAAGGAACAGAAGAAAAUGAACUCCAGUACCUGAAGUAUCAAAUUUUUAAGUGGAUUAAUAAAGUGGCGGGUGAAAAUACAACGGAAACGAUUGAGCAUGCGAAUGAACUUAUGGAAAGAAUUAGAAGUAUAGAAACUCCAGUGAUGGUAAAAUUCGAAGAAAAGGAGCCUAAAUUAACACUACCUGAAGCGAAGCGAACGUAUCACUAUGACUACUCAUUGCCUGUGUUGAAACAAAUUAUUACAGAUUGUCUUAAUAGCAUACCCAACGCUCUAAGUAAUGUUCUAAACACGAGUGAAAUAGUAGAUGAUUUGGCAACAAAUAUAAAAAGAAAUAUGGAUGUCAACAAAAAUGUCGAUGAAGUUAUUGACAAAGAAAUAGAUAGAUGGAUGAAGAAUGUCUACAAAGGGAAAAGAAAGUGGGUUGUGAGAGACAAACUAAGACGCGCACUAAAAGAUACAACUGAUUUGACAAAAAGCUUUGAUUCUAAGCAGCAAAAGAUUCAUGUUAGAAAAUAUGAGGAUAUAAUCGAUGAGUGGCUUGAUGAUUAUGUAAAAUCAUCUGAAGAUACGGUAAAUUUAAAAAACGGGAGUGAAAAUACUCAUGAUUUAGCUACAAAAGUAUUUCAGAUAGUAAACAAAGGGGAAAGCAGUUUAGAGCGUGGAGUUUCUUACUAUUUGGAAAACAUUAUAUUGAACUGGCUGGAGACUUGGUCAGACAAACAAUAUUUUCAGCAUGAUGAGAUUCUAAAACUCAUAGACAAGAUAUUAGAUUACAAUAAGCAAACAAAAGGUGAAGUAUCUAAACAAGAUCAUGAUUUCAAGAACGUGCAAUCUGGUGUUGCGUCUAAUUCAGUUCAAAGUUCAAAGCCACCAGAAGGACAAUUUAAAAAAGAAAAUGUAAUACCUACACCUGAUAUUGCUGUAUAUGGCGUUACUUUACCGAGCAAUUCAAAAGCAGGAAACACUUCAAUUGGCAAUAAUAGUAUAAAAGAGAUAACCGAUGAUGAUAUUCAAGCUAGGCUUGAUUCGUAUUUGAAGCAGUUAGUUGAAAUGAUAGAUAACUGGCUGAGUACUUUGAAGAUUCCACAAAUUCAUGAUAAAGGGUUUCGAGAGAUUGUUGUUAACGAUUUAGCUGGAGACAUAAUUGAUAGACAUAAAUAUUUAGAACUAAACCCUUUCAGCAAGGGGAAUGAUGAAAGUGAACUAGAGCAACUAAAAUAUCAAAUAUUUAAAUGGGUUAAUAAGUUGGUAGGUGAGGACAGGCAUGAAACCGUGGAGCAUGCUUCGGAGCUUAUGAACAAAAUACAAAGUAUACCCGUACCAAUGCUGACAAAGCAACCAGAGCCUGGUAGCAAGAAUGCAAAUAGAGUAACAAAUAGAAAUGUCAAUUGUGGAGCUGCUAAAGCAAAUACAUCAGCGAAUCGUCCUUCUAACGUCAGGUUGAGUAGUCCACUAGGCUUUACUACAGGUCCAAUGGCCACCACAAACAAGCAAAAUGUAGUCCAGAUGCCUCUUUUAGGUCCGCAAGCGCCGAUAUGUAGUUUACCAUGCAAAUCAAACACGAGCAUUAAAGAUAUCAGACCGAGUACUGGAACUCAGUCGACACCACAUUUGGAAGGAGAUGGAAAUAUUCCACAAGGCAUGUCUUUAGAUGAAGCUCACCAAUAUUUUGAUGCCAUCUUUCAAGAACGAUUAAAAGAAAUACCUCUUGAAACACCCAAUCCUGAACAGGAAGCUUUAGCAAAUCUAGCAAGAAAAGGAAUCUAUAAUGGAAUUUGGAAGACUUACUUCCAACUCAAAGGUGAUCCGGAUAUUGAAAACGAUUAUUCAUAUUUUGCAAUGGUGUUUGAAGAUGAAUUGGAUAAAAUGUUAGAUUGUCUACCACAGACAAAUGAGAUCCAGGCAUUUAGACACGUUUGGAAGCUCAAGGUUCUAUCAGAUGUCUUGAGUAUGCUAAAAUACGUGCACAGUAUGACAGACACGCACUCUUUCAGGGAGUUGAUCGCAAAUAAAUUGGAUAGGCAAUAUGUGAGAGCACACAAUUUAAAAGGCUCUAACUUACUUCAACAUAACUUCGUGAUAAGCACAGCAGAAAAUUACAUUCUUUACUCAAAAUAUAAAGAAGAGGAUCCAGUGAAAGCAAACAUUUACAAACAGCGUCUCAUGAAAAAAAUUGAAGAAUUAGCUGAAAGUGUAAAAAGCCAAACCAAUGUUGACUUUAAAUAUUUAAAUCAUGCGCAGUUAUGUCAAAUAGCUUUUCAGUUAUUAGAAGCUGUACCAAUACCCAAAGACGAAAACCUUACAAAUGAAGUUGAGGAAAUCUUAAUAGGUGAAGAAAUAGAGCAGUGGUAUAAUGGUUUGCCUGUCAAGCCUGUAUUGAAUGAGUCAGAUAAGGCUUUACGUAAACGUAUGAGAGAAUUACUAGCAAGAAAACUGUACGAUAUAGAAAAGCGUAUCGAUUUAGAUGAAUCCGCAGAGCAAAACAUGAAACAUGAAGUCUCAAAAUUCUUGCAAGAAAAAGCAGAACUGCAACAAAAUGCAGAUUUGGAAAUUAACUUUAUGGUUGAAGAACUCACGAAUCGAUUGAAAAAUAGACGACAACAGACUAUGAUUGGAUACGAAUCGUUCGAAAAGGAGAAGCCCGUGGCUUCUACUUUUGUUCAAACGGACCCAGGGGAAGUUUUAGCUCCGUUAGUUGAUGUUGGGGUUAACGCUGAAGGAGCAAGUCCAUACGAUCUUCAAGAAGUAGAUGCCUUUCAAGGUACAUUGUCUAAUCAGCCUCAAAGCAUGCUGUGUGCCAAUCAAAUAGCAGAUUCGAGUAACCGAGCUUCUUAUCAACAGCCAAUGGGACAGAUGCAAGCACCGUGUAAUCGAAAUCAAAGUAAGCAAAGUUCUCUUCAGCAGUCAGCAAUUCAGGCACCACCCUGUUGUCAAUUCCAAGGGAAUUCAGGCGCCAACCAAACUAAUCAAAAUCAUUUCUAUCAGUCUAUGGGACAUCCACCUCUUCCAUGUCCUCAAGAACAAGAUUAUCCAGGAGCGGGUGUAAAUACCGGUUUCUUUCGUCAAUCAAUGGCUCCAACUUCAGGAGCAUAUCCUCAAGGCCAAGGUGUGUUCGGCACCAGUCAAGGGGCCGGUUCUUAUCAACAGCAAGAGCAGUUGCCACCAUGCUGUCAAGAUUUAGGCACAAGACAAGGAACAGGACCUGUUGGCUUUGGCCCUAUCGAAAGGCCAAUUGGCGCUCAAAGUAGUUACGACCCUCGAUCGGGUUACACUUCAGAUAGGAGCCAAAUUAUGCCUGCAAACCAGGCUGAUGGUUCUGGGCGGAUAUAUCAAGAUAAUCUACCUCCAGACUAUAUGCAGAUGUGUAAUCAAGGAAAUAUUGGAGCACCAGGUCAAACUGUUUCGGGUGUCCCACCGAGCACAGAUUUCUUGACGACCCAAGACCCUACGCCUACAGCAAGGGUUGCUAGUGCUGUACCAGACCAAGAACCAAUAGAUGAAGAGACUGACGGUGAAGAAGAGAUUUAUAAAUGUCAUUGCAUGGAACGCAUUUGGAAGUGCAAGAAGCACCGUGUUUACGAGGAUAUGGGCAGGCGUCCACGGUGCUAUCCUAUGCCAAUGCCUUGCAGAUAUUUCUAUUAAAAUAGCUGUGUUUUAUUAAUUUUGUGUGUAAUGUUUUGUGUAUUUGUAAAUCACAAUGUAUUGUCUGUAUUGUUUUACUGUUGUUAAAUUGAUUUUGUGAAGUGUUUUUACUGUUUUUGAA